AUGCCGAAGGAACUAGCUAUCGACCUACUCCUCCCGCAUGCCGAGCGUAUCAAGACCUUGCAGUUGGUUUUCUCCUCGGCGCAGAUCCCGGAGGCGGAAGUUUGCUUGGCAGCAUUCGGCGCUAGGGUCACCCAUCUCUGUCUGUUUGGAGAUCCCAGAAGUCCAAACUACGUGGACGGACACCCUGAACGCCGUGUUUCCAUAAAAGCUUCUGAACUGCCCGCCAUGACACACCUACAGUUAUACGGCGUUGCCGUGGACGCGCCGACUACCAUGUGGUCGAAUCUUUCAUCCUUGGACAUCCGCGACGUGUCGGAUUUUGGCCUCUUCCAGACACUGUCCGCGUGCACCACUCUCCAGGAUCUCGUCCUCAUGAACACCUUCUCUGAGCCGCAUCAAAUUGCCCCGCGCUUCUCCCUAAAACGAUGCACCUGGUUCGCAUCGAGGAAACACACUCCCCACCGGUGA